AUGGUCGCCGGGGGUCGUCGGCCCGCGGUGGAGCCGGUCAAGAAGGCGGUGAGGCAGGGCAGCGGGGGCGCUGCCCGCGGACAGUGGAGGAUGGCGGCCGGGCGGGGAUGCUGUCAUUUCUUUAAGAAAAAGGAAAUUAUUUUACUGACGGAAAUAAAGAUCCUUCAACAGGGACAAUUGGACCCAGAGCUAAAUGAGAUUGGUAGACAGCAAGCCCUUGUGGUGGCUCAUCGGCUGUCAAAAGAAGGCAAACCAGCUGCCAUAUACUCUUCCGAUUUGAAGCGUGCUGCUGAGACUGCAGAAAUUGUAGCAAAAGUUUGUGGUGUAACAAAUUUGGUGGUGAAUGAGGCACUGAGAGAAAUGCACAUGGGAUAUCUCCAAGGCUUGAAGUGGGAUGAUGCUGUAAAUAAAAAUCCAGAUGUUUUUAGGAGCUUUGGCAUUUUUGGUAUUACUGAGGGCUCUGAUCCUGAUAGUAGAAAUAAAGAAAUACCGGGUGGUGGAGAGAGCCUGAAUCAGUUGACCGAGCGAUGUGUCUCCUAUUUGAAUAAGAUUGCCCAGGAACACAGAGGGGAGCGGGUUGUGGUGGUCUCCCACUAUGCAGCCAUACUAGAGCUGUGUCGUUACACAGAUCCACCCAACGGCUCGAUUCGUCGGAAAAUUCCAAACACUUCACUGAAUGUUUUCCGUAUCUCCGGCGUCACCGGCAAGUGGAUCCUUGAGAGGUAUGGAGACGAUAGCCAUGUCGAUGGAAAUGACUUUCUGGAGAACUCUUUCAGCGGUGACGGUGCCUCUGCCUAA